AUGGCCUCUCUUGACGAGGUCAUCAGAGCAACGCAAAAGGCAAGAGAAGUUGCCAAAGCUCGCUUGAAAAAUAAUCCCGAGGAGGUCCGACGCAGUCAAGAAAAAUAUAAAGGAAUCCCUAUGGACCCUGAGGCUGCACAGGAGUUGAUAGACCGUCUACAGACUCCGGGGAAUCGUUCUGCGGCUGGACCCGACGAGAAUACUGCUCCUCGGCCAAAAAUUCCUGCCGAUCAACGAACAGGAACCAAACAGAGCUCAAUAACCAGUCAUGGAGGUCCAGUCAGCCAGAACCAUACAGCUGGGCCUGAAGCACCAAGCAACCAAGGACCUCGUGUCGGCCAGGAGGGGGCAGUCAGUCGUCAUGUCCUAAAUCCAGCAAGAUCCAGCCCCAGAGCAAGCUCUCCAGCGCCAGCCGGUCAGGGAAUCCUACAUCAGGCAAGACUAAACUCUCGAGGAAGCUCGCCAAAGCCGGCAACCCAAAUCGCGAACAGGCAGGGUGGUGAUCAAAACCAGAAUACAAGGGCAGAGCAAGAAAUCGUCAAAAACCAACUGGGUGCCUUGGAGGCUAAAAUGAGACAAAUAGCCACCUUAUUCUCAAAGCCCGAGGAUGUGAUGAGAGUUGUGCAAAUGUUACGAGAUGCAAAAGUGGAAGUAGGGCAACUGGAACCUGUCAGUUGA